GGGUCGCUGCCCCGGGGGAGACCCGGCUGCGCUCGCUGAGUCUGUUCCCAUCUGCUCUGGUACCUGGCGCGUCCUGUCGUGUCGCUUUAAAUACAGAGUAAAAUUUCUUUAGGAAAAAAAAAAUACCCAAAACUUAUCUGCUUGUAGGAUUGCGGGGUUUUAUGCUUUUCGUCAUUUUUAUUUAUUUAUUUGUUUUCUGGAGACUUGGUGGGUUUUGCCUCUUCUGUGCCAGCCAGCUUGCUAUUGUUGUUUGCACUCAGCCAGGUAUCCAAGAGAACUUUGUAGUUCUUUGUAGGAAGCUCGAGGUUACUCCGUGCUUUGCUGUGUGUUGCUUUAGUGAUGCUGUGUGAGAUACUUGGACCUUGUGUGAAAAUAUAUAUAUACGUGUAUAUAUAUAUAUAUUUAUGCAAUACAAUUAUGCUGGAAAGAUCCUCUUCUUUCCCAGCUAACUUUCACUGAACUAAUUCAUCCCUAUGUGUACUUGCUUACUGAAACUGAGUUGGUUGGUUAUUGACUUUAGUUAAAGAAAUAAGCUACUUAAUAAUAAUAAUAGAACAAUCCCUAAGAUAGAAACAAACAAACAACAAAGAAAAAUAUUGACACAAGUACAUCAAUGUAGUGAAGUGGUUGUAAGGGUAACUUUGAGGGAAACUUAAGAUUUAAGGUAUAGUUCUUUAAAAAAAAAAAAAAAGGUGCUUGUGAUGAGAAAUAGUGUCGUUUUUUCAUUGAUGUUAUAAUAGGUUAGUACAACUACGGUAACUGGUGAGAAACCAAUUGGUGCUCUUAGUUUUAUGACAGUUGCUCAGAGCACAUGGGAAGCUGAAUUACUAGUAUGUGGCAUUAAGAAAAUUGAAAUUCUCACCUAGAUGUUUUUGUCAUAAUUUUCCAUGGUUAAGUGGUAGAAUUUGUCAUGUAUUUUGCAGUGAUUUUGAUUCUUCUCAGAAGACGAGACUGUUGAGUGGGUAGAUUUAGCUGUCAGGACGAAUGGGUGUAUUUGCGUAACAAUCUUAUUUGUUUGAUUUGUUGCUGCUGUUCGAUAUCAUCAUAAAAUAGCUUAUUGUAAAUCUAAUAGACUUUCAUACGACAUAGUCUGAAGAUGGAUUCGGUAUGAGUAGUUUCACUUGGCGGUGGCUGUGGGAAGAACAAUUGCAAGAAAACAGUGCAGAGAGGAAAUUUACAUUUUAUUUCUUAAAAAAAUGUGGUACUUUCAGUUUUUUCAUGGGUAGUAAAUUUUGUGCUGUUAGAAGUGUUUAAGUUCUAUAUUCAAGAAGCUAUAGAAUAGUUUGUAGUUGGGUGUAUUUAAGGUGUUGAUUAAUAAACAAGGGUGUGAGGAGGGGCACUGCUGCUGGUGGAAGGUGAUAAACAGCACGGGGGUUCCUGUAAUCGUCUCCUCUUUGGCCAGUGCACAAGACCGUAACAGACAAGCUUUGCUUGUCACAUCCUUCGAGGUAAUUACUACCAUAACUGCCUCAACUUCACUGUGAGUUUUUUUCCCAGUUGCUUUUUCGUUUAGUAAUAUAAGCAGCUGGUUUCCAACUAACUGCACUGAUGAAAUUCCUCUUACUUGAAGAGGUAAUUAUUCAAAAAUGUACUUGCUCAGGCAAGAAAUGCUUCUGAGGAGAAGAGCGGCUGUGAUUUGAAUGUUGAAAUUGGCUGGGGUUUGGGGCUGGCUGUGAUGAGACUGGGGUGGGCUCAGGAUGGGUUAAACCUCACCCCAGAAGACUCUCAGUUCCUCCUCUGCUUCUGCCGUUUUAGUCUACAUUGUGCUGAUUUGCCCAUCUCAUCUCUAAAGCUUAUUUCUUAUCAAUAGCUGAAGGAUGCCAUGAGGCCUUUGCCAGUAGCCGUGAAAUUCAUGCAGAACAAGCAUAACAGCUUACGCUGUCGUUUUGUUACGAGAAUGGCCAGGUUUUAUCAGUUUGGGUCACUCCUAUACCAUGAACUAAUUUUAAUACAGCGCUUUGAAUUCCAGUCUCCCAAGGUACAGAGACGUGGGGUCUCUCCCAUCGUCCUCAUGCGGGUCAGGGUCCCUCUACCCAGACAGCAGCAUGCUGGCGUGGGGGAGAACUUCACCUUGGCAGAGGAGAGCAAAGCAUCCUAAAUAUGCUCUGCAUUUCCUUCAUGCUGCAUCCAUCCUUGAGUGGAAAAUUGCUCCUGAUUUCCUCAGAUCUGGAAGAUUUACACUGGCACCCUUCCCACAUUCCCAUUUUACUUAGUUGUAUUUAUUAGAUAACAUGCUUGCACAGAAGCUUGUUUAUAAGCAAAAGGAAUGUUUUUCCUCAAUCUUUUCUUACUAGAGUUAAGUAGUUAAAUGUUCCCUGGAUCCCAGGGGGACUGUUUCUCAAGACUGAGGAUCAUGAGUCUUCACAGGAUCAUGAGGCUGUCAUAAGCACGAGCACCUAGAACUCUGAUUUCAAAUUGUGUCAGCAUAACAGCUGUGCCUGAGUGCACGUAUAUUUUCAAGCUGUUGGUGCUAUAAAAUAAAAUUAUAGAAGCAGAGGGGAUAUUAAUAUUUAGGCAAUUUGAAUCUCUGAAUAACUAGACUUUCUGUGUGAGGGUCCUAAUGAAGAUCAAGAACAAUAAGAGAAAUUGCGUGAAGUCUCCCAUGUUGGAUCAAGUGAUUGAUCAUCUUAUUAUAUGCUUGGUAAUUUCUCACUUAAAGAAAUUAGUUUGGGUGUAACUACAGGUUUACCAGCAUUGCCACAGCGUGGGGUGAUCACUGCGUGGGCAGACAGUUUUAGUCCAAUUCAGGUAUCAGUAAUAAGGAAUUCUUGUUAAUGGAGAAUUCAUUUCUGUCAGAUGUGCUUAAUUUUCUCUGGAUUUUGGGUAUCAUGUGAGCAGUGAUGCACUAGGGAUGUGCAGUCUGGCUGUCCUGCCCUGAGGAUUCCAUAAAGCAAACCAUAUUGGCACCCAUAUUGUAGCACACCUCUCUGGGCUGGGGUAAAUAAUUGCAUGUGUCUGAUUUUAUUUGUACCAACUCAUCGUGUAGCUGCUCUACAUUGAUACAAAUGAGACUCUUGCUAUAAUUUUUUAGAAUUAUUUAGGAAUUACUAGUUCCGUUAUUUAUAAAAAAAUGCAGUCUUUUUAAAAAGCUUACACAAGCAUUCACAGGCAAAUUUAAAACCUCUUAAUCUGUUCUUUCAAUUUAAAAAAAAAUAAUUUGUUUAGUUAUAUCUAAUGGUAAGACUGUGGAAAAUGAGAUGUUAAUUAACUUUCUUCAAAACAUUCCUUGAAUGGUUCUGGAUUUUGAUUGCUUUGCGCUGCAUUAUAUAUUCAGAGAAAUAAAUUAUUUCAGAAAAAAAUAUAAUUUGUAUGCCUGGUGCGUGUGCCAGGUAAGAUGUUUGGAUUCUAUAACAUUAGGCAGUCUCCUUGAAUGAUCUGUGCUUUUCAAUUAAGAGAGAUCAUUAGAGAGGAUAAUGCAGAAGUGGGCAAAAUUUAAGUGAUACAGAGUAAAUAGAGAACAAUUAUUUGUAAUUUCACAUAACUCAAGGUUUUUAAAAGGUGAGAAUAAAUGAGCAAUUUUUUUUUUUUCCUGAGGUACUUUUCAUAGAAGCAUAAUUAUCUAUGGAAUUAAUUAUGGUAGUAUACUCCUUUUGCUUAAGAUAUAAAUGAAUUUUAAAAGUUGUAAAGCAAAUUAACAGAGGAAAGUGUAUGCUAGGACUGUUAAUCACAAAGAUGCAGAUACAAUUUCUAGCUGAAGCAGCCCCUAAAUCAGAGAUUCCUGGAAAACAGGAGAUUAUUUUCCAAGCAGAAUAACUAUAUAAUUUCCUGACUUCAGAUUCUUCCCCUGAGCAUUUGCUUUUGAUCAGAGUUAGAGGCAGCUUAUAGGGCUAAAAUGAUAUUUGGAGUGGUGCAGUCCACUUACAUCCUAUAUAUGAUGAAAAUUUGGAUGGGUUUUUCUCAGAUCAUUACUACUUUGUCCAAACCAGUUCCAAGCGGGUGAAUGUUUAGACGUAAUUUCAGUUUUCAUACUUGGGGAAAAACCUGCAGUAAAUAGUGUGCUUAAUGCUCUGUUUCCUUAAGUUUUGAUUAACGGGCUACUUGUUAAGAACACAAGUUCAUCUGACAUUUUGUAAGGCUACACUCCUACUGCAAAGCUUUAUUGUUUUAUCACUUGUGAAAUAAUUGGGCUAUUAUAUGAAAAUGUGGAGGAUGUUAUGAUUUUGGUUUUGAUUUCUGUUUCCCUAAAUGCAUGUUGCUAUAUUUUUUGAGGCAGGCUUAUUUUUUUUGUUAUCUUCCCAUAAGCAGGCUGCUGACUUGUAGGCAUUUUUGUGUGUGUGUGUCUGCACUUUCCCAUUGUCUUCCCAUUGAACUGCUGCUUGUUCAAGGAAAACAGAUCCUUGAGCUGGAAGUCUUCAAGGCUGCUUGUGAAAUUGGAGCUGGAGCGUUUCUAGUUUGGUCACAUCCAGCUUCCCCUGCCACCGGAGAGAACCCUCAUGUUUGUAGGUAGGAUUUACAUUGUGACCACCUUUGGUCUUGCAGGAGAGUAUCUUGGUAACACUUUCUGCUGGACCUCAUUAAAACAAGGUUAGUUUGAUUUCUUGCUUCUGGUUCCUUGGUUAGUUUGUGGUGAGAGUAGGACAUCAGUGACCUUGGGAGCGACUUUUCUGCCUGCUGUGGUGGGUGCCUGUUUCAUUUGUAUUUACACAGAUGCUCCUUCACUAGCUUGUUUUCACUUUCCCACAAAAACAACUUGAUUAAAUAUAAGCAAAAUAGUAAAGUAGGUUUUAAGAUCUUUGUUAUGUUUUGUUGGUCUUUUGGAAUGAGGAGGAGAAAAAAAAAAAGGGAUAUCUUAUUCAUAUCCUUCCUUUCUGGGAAGUACUUGUACCCUUGACAAUUCUUCCUGUUGCCCACUCCUAAGAACUGCAUUUGCAGUCUGCAAAGUAAAUUCUGCUUUCCUGGAAACUUCAGGUUUGGGCAAACUUCAUUGUUUUGUACAUUCUUGGAACUGUGUAGCGUUGCUCCUGCAAGAUCAGAGAUAAGUGCUAAUUUGGAAAUAAAAGAUGUCCAGCUCUGUGUAACACUAUAAAUUAAGAUGCAGGAGCAGCUCUGUCUUUUCAGGAUUUGUGAGUGCAUGCUUUCAUUCCUUUUUGGUCCUAAAUACAUAAAUAAGAAGUAAGUUUUGGUCAGGACAAAGUAUAUAAUCUUUCUUGUUUGAUGAUCUCCUAAUGGAAAUGAGAUGGCCAUACUAAUUUAUCUGAGCAGGCAUUUGUCUCUUGCUGUUGAGGAGGAGGUGGUGAUGAUUUGGAGCUGUCAGUGAGGACUCUCGUAGCCCAUAUUAUCAUGGAUGCAAAAUUAUUUUUAAAAGCCUGGCUCAUUUGGGUUUAAGUGGGAAGGGAUUAUGGAGUUCUGUUCUUCGAAAUUUUAUUGAGUACAAGUUCCCGUUAAAGUAAAAUCCUAUUGAACCUAAUGGUUUUGACAAUAAAAUAAAAUAUCCACAUGAAUGAAGGAACAUAAAUCAGCUUCUUGUUGCUGCUUCCCUGGGUUUCAAGUGGAAUGUGUUUUUUCCCUCUUCCCUCAUGGGAAACAUCUGCAGAACCAAAUGGCAAAUCAUUAAUGCUCAUUCAAUAGCAGCCUUUGUUCCCAGUGUCUUGUACUUGGAAACAAUUAACUGUAGAGUUUUGUUUUGUCUUGUUUUUCUCUUGGAAUGCAAACAUCUAAUUUCAGUUAUAUAUCUAGUGCAUUUUUUUAGAGUUCCUGCUAUUUGAGAUUGCUUGAAGUUAUUUUAGAAUAUAUGUUCCCUACCCAAAUUCAGAUCGGGAUAGUACAUUUGUGGUUGGAGGGUGUUUUGGUUGGUUUGUUUUUUUUUUUUUUUUUAUGUGUAAGUGGCUGAACUUUGUUCGACUUUAUAAAACUAUCAUUUAGGACACAAAUCUUAUUAUAAAACUACGGGAGGACAUUUGCAUUUUGAAAUGCAGGCUGUUUCCUCUAGUUCAGGAAGGUUUCUGGUUCCUAACAUCCACCAAACAAUCUUGGAUGCUUCAUGGUAGCAUUUAGCAAAAAAAAAAAAAACCCGUCUUAAAUUUGCUACUAAGCAAAGGAAAGGUGAAGAAUAUCAAGCAUUCAACAACUUAGGUGCAAAAAUUGUUUGAACCAGAAAACCUCCUAAUCUAUUUAGCUGACUGUGAGCAGUUUAUGUGUCAGGACACCUGCUGAAUUAGUGACUCUUGGCCUGUAUCUGCUAAAACACAGGUAACUGGAAUGUGAAUAGCUCUUGAACCUGUUAAAAAGCAUUGCUAUGUCUUGAAAGGGUUUUAUUGACACCUGUUGCAAAAGUUUUGGAUUUGAACUCUGUGUGGUUUUAAUCCACGAACAAAAGCAAGAGAUUGUGUAAUCAGGGUAGCUGAAUUAAAAUGUCUUUUAGUUAGUAUUUGCCAGAACUAAACAUUAAUGAUUAAUAACCUCUGCAUUUUGUUUGUGAAUUAUGGGCUAAGUGGUCAUAAUUAAUGCACUUAGCAUUUAGUUUGAGAAUAUGUGAAUGGGGCAUUAUAAUGACAAGUGUAGUGGUCAGUUUGAUCUGUUCUAAGCUAUCCUGCCUGGAGCUAUGAGUGUAUGAAAGGAGAAUUAAAAACAAUAAAACCCCUCAUUGUGGUAAUACAGUACAAAUAAGCAGUCCGUGUGGUUGGGCAGCAUGAGCAAGGAGCCGUAGAUACACUUAGGGGAACAUAUUUAAAGUUUAGCAGACUUUCCCCACCCUGCCUAUGGCAAAUUUACCCCAGAUGAAUCAGGGCUAAAGUGUUUUCUAAGGACUGUGUAAUGUGCCUGCAGAUUUUCACAAUAAAAGGAGCUUGAUUUGGACAAUCGCUUGACCAUCAGGAUGUAGCAUGGGGCUGCCAGGAGCUCUCUGGUUGGACCUAGGAUUUGUGUUCUUCAGUCUGCAACCAAAAUAGAAUAAAGUCCAGCAAACUCCAACUCUACAUGGAGAAUCUCUUGAAUUCUUUUAAAAAACUUUAUGUUGAGGUUUGGGUGUCUCAUGCCCUAUUAUUCAGUUGCGUACAGUGGGAAUGAAUAAUGUUUUUAAGGAUGGAUACAGGUUCUGCCAUGAAUCACUGGUCCAUUAGAGCAUUCCUCAGAGUGUGGGGUGUUUCCUUCUUCCCUCUUCUCCCAAAAUGCAUUUAAGGGAGGUGUGAAUGAGUCAUGUUUUGCGGGCAGGCAUUGAGCUGGAGCGCUGCUGUGUGGUGCCCAUAUUAACCCAAACGUUGGGACAACGGCUCCAGCAACUGGUUCUGUGCAGUGUGAUGGUGGCCAUACUGGGUGAAAUCAAAGGUCCACGUCCCCAGGACCCGAUCUCUGACAGGGCAUACAGUCAGAACAGUCAAAGAAACACUUACUGAGACCUAGAGAGCUGACCAUCAAAUUUAAAUUACUUUAUGAAGCACAAGUAAAAGAGGCAUCGUCCUAACUCAGCAAUGCCAGUGUUUCUGUUUUGGGGAGCUUUUCUGAUUACAUCACUUCUAGAAAUGCACCAGAAUAAAUAAAACUGGCCUUUACGAUAGGGCUGAGGUUUUCUGAACUUCUGCAAGCGAAGUCCUGAAGAGGUCUCUUAAUAUUCAUCCCUGCAUGGGAUUGUAGCAAAUCUUUUGAGCUUUCUUAGUAGCAAUGCACAACACGAGGUAUCUAAGCAUAGUGAUUUUCUGGAAAGAAACUUGUCGUUCUUGCAGAAAAUUAGGGCUAUUACUCGUGCAAUUCCCUCAUUCAUUGAUGAUACAACAUACCAACCACUGUUUUCUUCAGGGACAGUUGCCUUCAGCCUCCUGCCUUUGUGAGUUAAGAGACUGUAAAAACACUGGGUCAUUUUAUUUGGAGAUACACCCAAACUGUGUGGAGAUAUUGAAUGUGAAAGGACAUUUAAUUACACAGGUCAAUACAGAUUCAAAGUACAGAAUAGAAUCGUGGAAUCAUUUUGAUUGGAAAAGACCUUUAGGAUCAUUGAGUAAUCUCAGCUCUCCCGUGUACUUGACUUUCACCAUGAGCUCUGGCCCUGGCACGGGCCAUGUUGCUGUUGGGAAGAGAAAUGUGCUGUAAUAAGGAAGAAGAGGGAGUAAAUUGUAGCAGCUGGCUUAGUGCAGGCUUUUGUCCUGUUAGAGUUAGCAUCAGGCCAUUUCUAUGGCUUGAAGUUGUUCUGUUUAUGCCACUUUAGUAAAUUGUGGUUAAAUAAAGAGUCACGCAGAGCUUUCAAUAGAUCUUUCCUCUAUAGUCGCUGAGUUUUGAGAAGUAGUGUGACAGUAAUAGUAGUUAUUUAGGGAGCAAUGCUGGCACAUGCACAAGUAAUUUGCAUAUAAACACAAACUUCUUUUAUUUAAAUAUGUGACUUAAGUGCUAGUAAAAGGCACUGGCUGAUUUGGCAUCCAGUAGAAAUGAGUCUCCAGUUUCCUUCCUAGGUUUGUUUUCCCUUAGAGUUAUGAAGAGGGACGAUCUAUUUCUGUGCACCUCUUGUUAUAAAAAUAUACCUUUUGUUAUGAGGGAGAUGAACAAGGACUUGGAGGAGAGAGUGUGGAGGGAGGCGGCUGCAGGGCGGGAUUCCCACCAGAGCUCCUCUGGAUGGCCAUCGAGUCCUUCAGUAGAAUCACAGAAUAAUUUUGGUUGGAGGAGACCCUCAAGAUCAUGGAGUCCAGCCAUAACCUAACUCUAGCACUAAACCAUGUCCCCGCAUCUCUCCUGAUUUUGUGCUGCUCCUCACGUAAACCCUGAUGAACCUUUCCUUUUCUAUUUCUUUUAGAGCUCUCCUUAUCUCACUCUCACUCUGCUUCUACCUGUGUCUCUCCUUCUUACUACUGCUCAUCAGGUUUCCCUCUUCCCCUGCUCUCUAGGUACCACCUUUCCUAGGGAUCACCUGGUGUGAUUGAGAGCAAUGAGGCAAAUUAUGAAACAGAUACAGUCAAUGGCAAAGAAAUAUAUAUUUUUGGAGUCUGGUUUGAUGUGCACAUCGUCUGCCGCACUACAGGACUGCAGGCAGCAGGUCUUCGUGCAGAGGUGUCCCCCGAGAUGUGUGAUGCUCGGCAGGUGUGAUUGCAUUGUGAAGAUCAGAGCUGAUUGUACCAGCUUGGUACAGUCCCAUGAAUUAGACUGAAAAACCUGAAGCAGCCUUCUGGCUUACACAGGUACAAUUAUGAACUACAGUAUUUUGAAGGAAGCUGAAAGAGUAGAAGGAACUUGUGAAAUAAUUUUGUAAAAAUACACCCAAACACUUCCUCCUUCAUUUCCCCUAUACAUACUCAUCAUUUUUCUUCUGUUUUAGAAUAGACUGAAGCAAACUGAAAGCAAUACUCUUAUAAGCUGGGGGCAGGUGCAGGUUUGGUUUUUUUUUCCAGUAACUUUCACUAUCAGAUGCUAUUUUAAGAUGCUUGUAGCAACUGUUCGUUCUGUUACUUCUCAGUUACGGUCUGCUCAUAAACGUUGAGAAAAAAGCCCUCUAGACUGUGCAAAAGGGUCUCUAAGGAGUUAGAGCAUUCCUGUUUCUCUGUUGUGUGAAAAGUGGAGGAAGACGUGUGCUUGUUUCAUGUGUUUGUGAAAUAUGGAGCUCAUAAUGUUUGAGCCAAUUCAAAAAAAUGAAAGGCUAAGCAUGGGAUCUAAAAAUCACAGAGCCUAAAAACCCAGGGAUCUGUAAAACCACCCCCCCCCCCAAAACCCAACAAAACCAAAAACUAAAAAGAAAAAAAAAGGUCUUACAUAAGAUGCCUGUAUUAUCUGCAUAGAAUAAACAAGCUUUUCUUAAGCUUUUAAUUUAGAUAGUAUUUGUGAUCUUCUGCAAGGACUGUAGAUUUAUUUUGCAUUACAUCAACAAUAUAAGGCUAGUUUCCUUUGGUCAUAUUGUUUCUGCUCAAGCACUGGAGCAUAUCAAAUUGUCUUUUGUGAAACACUUGUACUAAGUUGAGAGCCACAGGUAGAGUUUUUAGUUUAUAUUUAAGUUUAGCAUCCCAGUGUGCUUUGGAAGUGUCUGUACAACAAUAGAGCAACAGAAGAGCAGGAUCUGCAUCCACAGACGGGCAUCAUUUGAAGCUUAAGCUCAAAUGCAAUGGCAGGGUUUGGAAGGUGGCCAAGACAUGACCCAAGUCACUUCUGCAAUGGAGACGUUAGCUACACUUCAACAGUGUGCUUCCUUUGAUGUUUGUUAGCACUAAAAAUAAUUCUAACACUGAUUUCCCCAGGGUAAUUAGCCCAUGCAGAAUCAGACUGAGAUUAGACUUUUUCUGGUGCCUUAUCAAAUUAAAGUUCAGGUAUUUACCAUAUGGUGUAAAACACAGCUGCAGGAAGAGAAGGCUGUCUCACUUUCUCAGUUUUGUGAUGUAUGUAUUUAAUUUAGUCUCCCUCUUAGCUUAUGUGAUUACAUUCAGAGAGGAAUGGCCUCAGGCCCACUUAGGUCAGCCUUUCAUUUUGGACUUGUGUUUUGUGCCAAGGAAGCUCAAGGCUCGAAGGUGUUGAUAAUCCAAGGAACAUCCUGUCCCUGAAUAAGGAUGGUUGCUCAGCUGUUAACCACGAAAGACGCUGUCCGUGAGGAUAUUCCUGUGCAGAGGUGUCUGUUCGUCUGCUCCCUUACAAUGCAGAUACAAAAAACGACUGAAAGUUUUAAGAUGAGACAACAUGAAUCAUAAUCUUCAGCGGCUGUUCACUUUUGUGAUUGACUUGCCAUCUUCCUACAUUCCUUUUAGUCAGCCUGGGAAUCGCUGAAGCCGUUUCUUGCAGGAGACAUCACUGAGAUUCCCUUUGCAGCGAUGGACUUGGAUAAACCAUCUGUCUGGGGAUCCCUGAAGCAGAAAACUAGACCGUUCCUGCGGAACCUAAGCGUGAAGAAGACAAAGAAGAGGUCUAGCAAAAUGGUGGAGAGGAAGGUCCACUUCUUGGACCGACGCCUCAGUGUGUCAGUGCCUGACAUGCUGGAGGUGGAGACUCUAACGGAAGAAGAAACGACUUAUCUGAACACUCAGGUGGUGUCGAGCUGCUCCCCCAAAAGCUUCUCCGGGUCUGUGGUGUCCCUGAAAAGCAGAAGUGCUUCGGUGAGGCCGGCAGGAGAGGACUGUUUGCAGGCGUCGCAGCAGGCGAUGUGCACCGAGGUGACGGUCACCCACCUGGACACACAAAUCACGGGCAGCCCCGUGUCCGAGGUGAAGCGAGAAUCCAGCACCGACCUCUUUGAGCUGCUGCAGAGCGCCCGUCUGAGCACCGCGCUGUCGGACGAGGGGACAGAGUACCCUUGUGGAGAAAUGGAUCUAGACUCUUCCGUAUCAUCUCAAAUUUUUAAUGAUCAGAUGGCUCUAGAGGAAGCCAACAAUUGCUUGGGUGACCUGCCCAGCCCCUUUGCCUACCUGCUGACCAUCCACCUGAAGGAAGGCCGGAACCUGGUUAUCAGAGAUCGCUGUGGUACAAGUGACCCAUAUGUGAAAUUUCAGCUGAAUGGGAAAACUCUCUAUAAAAGUAAGGUCGUCUACAAGAACCUCAACCCGGUUUGGGACGAGACUGUUGUGCUGCCUGUACAGACCCUAGAUCAGAAACUCUGGAUCAAGGUGUAUGAUCGAGAUUUAACGUCAUCAGACUUUAUGGGUUCGGCAUUUGUAGCACUCACCGAACUUGAACUCAAUAGAACUACUGAACAGGUUUUAAAACUGGAAGAUCCCAACAGUUUAGAAGACGACAUGGGAGUGAUUGUGUUAAACUUGAGUCUAGCAGUGAAGCAAGGAGACUUCAAGAGAAAUAGAUGGUCAAGUCGGAAGAAGCGACCUUCAUCUAAGUCGAGUUUCAUGCGGAGCGUGCGACUCUCUGACGUUUUGCGCAAGAACCAGUUGUGGAAUGGGCUGGUCACCAUCACGCUCUUGGAAGGGAAGAACAUGCCUGCAGGGGGCUUGGCAGAGAUUUUUAUUCUCCUCAAACUGGGAGAUCAAAGAUACAAGAGUAAGACACUGUGUAAGAGUGCAAAUCCUCAGUGGAGGGAACAGUUUGAUUUUCACUACUUCUCUGACAGGAAGGAUAUGUUGGACAUUGAGGUCUGGAGAAAGGAUAACAAAAAGCACGAGGAGCUUUUGGGAACGUGCCAAGUUGACAUUACUGCCCUGCCGAUGAAGCAGACCAAUUGCUUAGAGCUGCCACUGGAAAAACAUCCAGGGUCCCUGUUAAUGUUGGUUGCUGUUGCCCCAUGUACAGGAGUGUCCAUUUCUGAUCUGUGCGUCUGCCCUUUGGGAGACCCCAGUGAACGGCAACAGAUUGCACAGCACUAUAGUAUAAAGAAUUCCUUUCGAGACAUAAAGGACAUUGGUUUCUUACAAGUCAAAGUUUUAAAGGCGGUGGACCUACUGGCAGCAGAUUUUUCAGGUAAAAGUGAUCCUUUCUGUGUAUUAGAGCUGGGAAACGACAGUCUUCAAACACACACUGUUUACAAGAACCUCAAUCCAGAGUGGAACAAAGUUUUCACAUUCCCUAUUAAAGAUAUUCAUGAUGUUCUGGAAGUGACAGUGUUCGAUGAAGAUGGAGACAAACCCCCUGAUUUUCUUGGAAAAGUUGCCAUCCCUUUGCUGUCUAUUAGAAACGGUAAACAAAGUUGUUACACGCUGAAGAAUAAAGACUUGGAACAUGCUUCAAAAGGAGUAAUUUACUUGGAGCUAGAUGUCCUAUUUAAUCCUGUAAAAGCAAGUAUUAGAACAUUCAAGCCCCGAGAAAAGCGCUUCACUGAGGAGCACCGCAAAUUUUCUAAAAAGGUCUUAUCAAGAAAUGUUGAUCGCGUGAAAAAAAUCACCAUGGCAAUAUGGAAUACAAUACAAUUCCUUCGGAGCUGCUUUCUCUGGGAGUCCACGGUAAAGAGCGUGAUCGCAUUUGUGGUAUUUGUGGUCACCGUCUGGAGCGUGGAACUGUACAUGGUGCCCCUGGCUCUGCUGCUGCUCUUUGCCUACAACUUCUCCCUCAUCACAACCGGGAGGGUCAACAACACCCAAGAUGCCCAGGAGCUUAUGGGCCUGGAUGAAGAUGAGGACGAAGAUGAUAAGGAAUCUGAGAAGAAGGGGUUAAUUGACAGAAUCCACAUGGUCCAAGAGAUCAUCAUAGCUGUUCAAAGCAUCCUAGAAGAAAUGGCAUCAUUCGGAGAGAGGAUUAAAAACACAUUUAACUGGACGGUGCCUUUCCUCUCUGUCCUGGCCUGCUUGGUCCUGGCAGCAGCCACAGUCAUUUUGUAUUUUAUACCACUGAGGUACAUUGUUUUAAUCUGGGGCAUAAAUAAAUUUACUAAGAAGCUUAGAAAUCCCUACGCCAUCGACAAUAAUGAGCUACUAGAUUUCCUCUCCAGGGUACCAUCUGAUGUUCAAAAGGUGCAGCACGCUGAAUUGAAACCAUCCAGCAGCUCCAGCCCCAUUCGGAAGAAGUGGAGUGCUCUAUAGGAUGCAACGCGAUUUUGGAACACAGCAUCUCCCCCUGCACCCACUGUGUAUGCACAUCAGCUUUCCCCCUGCCCUUCAUCUUGCUUUGGAACAACACUAUAGUCACCGCCACAGACUACGUGUUUUUUGAUAAACACGUCUCUUAGGUUGUCUUUUUUGGGUUGUCUUUUUGCCAUGGAGUCAUAGCCCAAAAAAGAGCAAGGUGGAACAUAUGAACUAGCUUAUGGGAUGGGGAGGAGAAUGGGAGAGAAUGAUGCAACUGCACCUUUUUUUUUUCUAUUUUUCUUUUUUUUUUUUCCCCUCUCUUCAAUUGCAGAGGCAAGGCUGGAUAUGGCAGCACUCCCUGUUUUAUGUAGGAAGAGAUAAUUCCGCUAGUGUAGCAGAUCAGCUGAGUUGAUGUGAGGCGAUGCUCUGAACAGUUUUUAACAUAUCCAACAGAUUUACAUUAAGAUAUGAAAGCUAUUCUUUUCUGAGUUAAAUCACUGUGCUUAGAAAGGUUUAAGCUCUGAAUUAACGAGUCUUUGAUACCCAUCUUCUGUUCAAGCAGUGUACAUUUAAAAAAGUUUUUUAUCAUAAUUAGCAGAAAGAGCUAGGAGCUCCAACAGUAUCUCAAUAUUUCAUCCAGCACUUGUGGAUUUUUCUUUUCUUCUUUUUUUUUCUUCUUUCUUAAAGCCCACCCUGUGGUUAACUCUUUGGAUACUGGAAUCAUCAGGGAUCCAUUGCUGGCAAUGGAUAUGUGAGAAGCUUCUGCUGUGAAAGGAUUCAGAGACUGUAGAGCAGCCUGACUCGCUGACCAGGAAAGACUCUCUUGACUUGACUUUUUUUAAUUCCACCUCAUCAGAUAUUUUGAGCAUAGCUGUUGUUUUCCUGUCUGAAUCCAGAGGGGUCAGCACUGCAGAUCCAAGAGAAAAAAACAUUUUAUAGCCUUAAAGAAACAAUUGCUUUUGCAGAAGGAGAGCACGGUGCACAAGGAUGUGGUUGUGCAUUAGUGUGCAGGCUUUGGUCCAUCACUGAUGUCUUGUUGGAGUCUUUCCUGGUGGUUCACAUGGAGAGGAUCAGAAAGUGAAGUCAUAUGGAAACUGAGCAAUGAAGAGACAGAAGAAAGGACCCCGUUUUCUGUUCCGAGGAGAAUAUGAUUUCUUGCUUGCUUAUCAAUCUUUAGCUAUUGUGCUUUUCUUUAAAUAAUUCAGAUGACCAGCAUUAUUUGUGUUUGACUGGGGAAACUGAAACACAGAAUCGUAUGUAAACUCACUUAAUUUUGGUGAGAGUUUAGCUCCUGGUUAUUUAGUUGCUGUAGGACAUUGUGGGAGCAAUUUGCUACCACGACAAAUUGUUGGUCGCACGAGAGCUGGAGUUGCUGCUUGUGAUCCCCAGGCAGGGGUUACCACCCGCAUCCUCUGGGGUAGUUCACGGUGCCAAGAAAUAGAGAAUCCUGAGAGACAGGUUUCUUUUUAUCAAAAGACUUUGGAAGGCAUCUAAUUAAAGGUAAAACGGGUAAAACUUGUUUAUGGAUCCAUGAUCCAAGUGGAGUCAUGCCAUGUGGUUCAGUAAUGCAGUCCUAUGGGCCUGUUGCGUGAAUUUGAAGAAAUAAAACUAUUAUAAGGGUAUCUUCCACUGGAUUAUUAGACAGAUUCAGUGAUUUUUUGAGAAGUUUAUUUUUCAAAGAAACGUGCCCCACUGUGCCUUUGAAUAAGGAGAGGCACAUUUUCAUAGACUUGAUUGUAUAAAGAAUGUAUUUUGCUCAUGCAAAGCUGUGUGUAGCUGCAAAUGGAAAGAUAGAAAAAAAGAUUAUCCUGGUUUAAAAACCCACCAGAAUGCCUCUUUGUGUGCACGUGUGCUUGUGUACCCAUGUGUAUACAGAGCUGUGUAUAAAGUACAUAUAUAAUGUAUUUAUUGGCGAGUGUGUGUGGAAAAACAAGUGAAUAUACAGAUUUAAAAACCUUGAAAAUGUUUAUGAAAAAUGCCAAAGAUUCUAAAGCUUAUCGUCUUGCGUCUGUUCUUCUUCAUUUUGUAUCUUUCCCGGCAUGUCUCUCUGGCUGAGCCAGAUCUCUGCAUGAUUUGAUUUACUUCAAGUUAAUGAAGCUGGUUGGAAAGAGCCUUGUAGAAAUUAUAAAAUCUCCAGUAAAUCUCUUGUACAUACAAUAGAUGUCCACGCACCCCUUUUGUUAAACUGGUUUCUCAAUCUUUUGUGUAAACAAUGCCUCAUUGUCUCGCUUUAAACUAUCAUCUGGUUUAUCGUACUGUAGUCUUGUCAUUUUGUAAGGACCAAAGUCAGACAUAUUUAAGCAGGCAUGUGGGAUCUGAUCGUCGAUUUGAGUGAAAACAUUCAACUGCAGGAAAAAUUGUUUAUUUAUUUUGAAGUUGGGACUGAUACUUUAAUAGAUGUUUUCUUCCCCCCCCCUAUAGAUUUUUCCACAUGGAACUGAUUUCUCUUCAUGAGACAGAAUGAUGUCUUUUUUUUUUUCUGUAGAUAUGUUGUGUUUCAGAAUAAUUUGUAUUAGAUUGUUAUGCUGGAGACAUACCAAACAAAGGGGUUUGGAUGGUCCAGUAACUAUAUAUAUGUUGUAAGGAGCUAUCUGUUUUGAUAAACGCUGUUUGAAAUGCAAUAAAAAUUUGAGGUUAAAAUGA